AUGCCUCCCAAGGAAGAAACAAUGAUCGGCCUCACCCCAAAGGAGACUCAAAUGCUCAGUGCUGUUGUAUCAUUGAUGGGUGAUGUCCCCAAUGUCUCUUUCGAUGAGGUUGCAAGACUCUGUGGCCACAAAUACGCCAGAAAUGCCCGCACUUCUUGCAAGAAGCUCUUCGAAAAGCUCAAGGCCAACGCUGGCAACAAUAGCGCCUCCUGUGAUACAGCUAAACCUGAUGGCGCUGAAAACAGUGAUGGUGAAGAGAUCGGUGGAGCCAAAAAGAAGACCGCCCCAAAGGCAAAGAAGACUCCUGGCGCUCGCGCUGCUCCUAAGAAAGCUGCCGCCGGUAUGAAGAAAGGCACGGCCCGCAAAGUUAUUAAGAAAGAACCGGAGAUCGAGAGCGAGGAUGAGAAGUUUGAUUUGAACAUGAAGGAAGAAGACGAGGAAGAUCAUGACUACGAUCACGGUCAUGAAAUGGAACGUACUGGCAAGUCUGAAGCUCUCGCUCCCGUCAAUGAACCCUUUCCUGCUGGCUUCACCUCAACGAUGUUCGGGGUCGAGGCUACCUUCCCUCCUGGCUACGAGUUUCCCCCCGAUGCCACUGAGGAGGAGCUUUACAAGGCCCACACGCACGAAAUCACAGUCGAGGAAUGGCGUACCUGGAAAAUCCAGAAUGAUUACGAUGACAACAUAGCUACUACCCCAAUCACUACAUCUUACUCCGAUGAGGAAGAUGCGUAG